GUUUCAAACGCUACCUGGUUAACCUAUAAUUCGCCAGGCCUCUCUCCUUUAGGUACUCAGCGCCAUUACGGGAAGUGGGCACGAUAUUUCUUCGGCUUCGAACAACCUCGGGGACAUGGGUUCGCCAACACUACUAGUACUCUGGAGCUCCCUGUCCAGCUCCACUCCCAUCAACACCGCAGCAAAACCACGAUUCAGCUACCCACGGUACGAACAAGUUCGCCCGCCACUUGAAGGCGCUAGACACGGGCUUACAUUCGGGCCGCAAUCGAAUCAGUCCGUGUCGAGUCCGCAUCGUACCAUCCCUCUCAGCUUUGACAUCUCCCAGCCGCCUCCAGCCCUCGGCUUGAAAUCGAAAUUUUAUUUAUCGCUGCGGCUCCGCGCCCCGUCGAGAGACCAAUCCUCGCGACUUCAUCAUCAUCUUCACUCUUCGUGCGCAAUUUUUUGGCCGACACCGCACUCACCGCGCCACACCGGCGCACCCAAGAACAUGCCUCGCUCUGCGCGCCUUCGCCCCAUCAUCAGGCGCACUCGUGCACGCGCGCAUCCCGUUUUUCGCCUGAUAUAAGGCAGAUGAUGUACCCCCCGCCGAAAGUCCCCGAAAGUCCCCGAAAUUUGCAGCUAUGUACGGAGGGACAGGAAUGGAAGUGUGCGCGUGGAUGAGUUGACCUGACUCUGAACAGCCUUCCUUUGUUAUUUGUGGCUUUGGGCAGAGUAUAAAGGGAGGAGCGCGGGAGGGGGAG